UUGCAGGAAAGUCGCCUACGCUGGUACGGCCAUGUCUUACGACGACCGGAAAACUACGUGGGUCACAAAUGCCUCAAUAUGACCGUACCUGGCGCCAGGAGUAGAGGAAGGCCCAAAAGACGUUGGCUUGAUGUCGUGCAAGAUGACAUGCGUGCCAAUGGACUCCACAAGAAGGAUGCCGAAGACCGGGCUAAGUGGAGGACACUGAGUGGGAAAGCGGACCCUGGGUUCUCCCGUCCUGGGCGGGACGAACAACCGGGACAAACGCUAGGGUGA